AUGGCAUCUACGGUGGGGCACGCGGGGCCCCUCGUGCUGCUCCUGCUCCUCUGCGCUCCUGGUUUCACAUCAGGAGCCUCCAAGGACCUGGUCUGUGAGCCUAUCACUGUGCCCAUGUGUAGAGGUAUCGGCUACAACCUGACUUACAUGCCCAACCAGUUCAACCACGACACCCAGGAGGAGGUGGGGUUGGAGGUGCAUCAGUUUUGGCCUCUGGUCCGAAUCCGCUGCUCUCCUGAUCUCCUCUUCUUCCUGUGCAGCAUGUACACCCCCAUCUGUCUGCCGGACUACCGCAAGCCGCUGCCCCCCUGUCGAUCUGUGUGCGAACGGGCCAAAAGAGGCUGCUCCCCUCUCAUGAGCCAGUACGGGUUCGAGUGGCCUGAGAGGAUGAGCUGCGAACAGCUGCCCCAGCUGGGUGACGAGACCCUGUGCAUGGACCAGAACAGCAGCGAGGCCACCACCCUGGCUCCACCGUUCCCCAAGCCCACCCCAAAAGGCCGGACCAGACCUCCCAGCCCACCUCAGUGUGACAGGGAGUGUCGAUGUCGAGACCCUCUUGUCCCCAUCAAGAGGGAGUCCCAUGCUCUGUACGGACGGGUCCACACCGGCCCCUUACCCAACUGCGCCCAGCCCUGCCACCAGCCCUACUUCUCAGCAGAUGAGCGGGCCUUCACCAGCUCUUGGGUGGGACUUUGGUCGGUGUUGUGCUUCAUCUCCACCCUGACCACCGUCGCCACUUUCCUCAUUGAUAUGGAGCGCUUCAAGUAUCCAGAGAGACCCAUCAUCUUCCUGGCUGCCUGCUACCUCUUCGUAUCUUUGGGGUACAUCAUCCGGCUGGUGGCGGGUCAUGAGCGGGUAGCUUGUGGUGCCAGCAGCAGCAGCAUCAGUAACGAUCAUCUCCACAUCCUUUACGACACCACCGGCCCCGCUCUCUGCACCCUGGUCUUCUUGUUGGUCUACUUCUUCGGCAUGGCCAGCUCCAUUUGGUGGGUGGUGCUGUCCUUCACCUGGUUCCUGGCUGCGGGGAUGAAGUGGGGCAGCGAAGCCAUCGCAGGCUACUCUCAGUACUUCCACCUGGCCGCCUGGCUCAUCCCAAGCGUCAAGUCCAUCGUGGUCCUGGCUCUCAGCGCUGUGGACGGGGAUCCUGUGGCUGGCAUUUGCUACGUUGGGAACCAGAACUUGGAGAACCUGAGAGGGUUCGUCCUGGCUCCUCUUGUGGUGUACCUCUUCACCGGUACGCUCUUCUUACUCGCGGGAUUCGUCUCUCUCUUCCGCAUCAGAAGCAUCAUCAAGCAAGGUGGAACCAAGACGGACAAACUGGAGCGCCUUAUGAUCCGGAUUGGACUCUUCACGGUGCUCUACACGGUUCCCGCCACCAUCGUAGUGGCCUGCCUGGUGUACGAGCAGCACUACCGGCCCGGCUGGGAGCGUGCCUUGGCCUGCUCCUGCCUGUCUGAGCGCGAGCGUUCAGGCUUGGGUCCAGAUUACGCCGUGUUCAUGCUCAAAUACUUCAUGUACCUGGUAGUGGGCAUCACCUCAGGAGUUUGGAUCUGGUCUGGUAAAACCCUGGAGUCCUGGAGGAGGUUUGUUGCUCGCUGCUGCCCCUGUUGGUCGCAGAAAGCCACUGCGCCACCCUCCAUGUACAGCGAGGCCAGUACUGCUUUGACUGGGCAUACUGGGAGCGGGCUGACACCAGGGAUCUACCACAAAGCUGCUCCAUCACAUAUAUGAACUAAAAGAAGAGUGUGCAGUCACAUCUGUGCAUGUUUUAAUAUGGCCUGAAGCAUCCAAACAAGACAAGUGUGUGAACACCUUGCU